CCUGAUUUGUCUUUGUCUCAGUCGCGAGUUCUCAGUUAAUCGACUAAGUUGAGUUUGCCCAAUGUCGAGUAUUUAGUACCUUAUUACUCCAUUUAACGUAAUCCCGUCUUAGGAAUCUUCAAAUACUUUCUUCCUCGAAAGCUUGCUGUCUGUCGCUUCGUCUUUGCUAGUAUUCACUUCCGCCGGCAGCAACAUCUCCUAGUUGCUUUGCUCCCCCACCGUUACAAAGAGGCAGACGCUUGCUCCGUUACAUGCACUGUGAAACACCAGUGCUUGUCCCCAGCUCGUCGCAUUCUCAGCCUCAUUGGCAAUAGGCGAUAUCGCUCUCUACCGAGCCACGUUUCUUAGCUAGAUCUCUCCGCCUUGAAUAGAUUUCAAUUCUUCCUGACCUUCCUUUUUCUUCUUCUCUCGCUCCACCAUCAACUUCCCAACCAACCACCAAGAUGGCGUUGCCAAAACGUAUUGUGAAGGAGACAGAACGUCUCAUGACCGAACCGGUCCCCGGUAUCAGCGCGGUUCCCCACGAGGACAACUUGAGAUAUUUCGAUGUCGAGAUCCACGGCCCCUCAGGAUCGCCGUAUGAGGGUGGUGUUUUCAAGCUCGAGUUGUUCCUGACAGACGACUACCCGAUGGUCCCGCCCAAGAUCCGCUUCCUAACCAAGAUCUACCACCCCAACGUCGACAAGCUAGGCCGAAUCUGCCUAGACGUACUCAAGAACAACUGGUCUCCGGCACUGCAGAUCCGAACUAUCCUCCUGUCCAUCCAGGCCCUCCUCGGCGCCCCGAACCCGGAAGAUCCCCUAGCCGCGGACGUCGCCAAGAGCUGGAAGGAGGAUGAGAACAAGGCCAUCGCGACCGCCAAGGAGUGGACGAAGAACUACGCCACACCCCCGCCGAAAUAGAAGAGUAGGCUGGCUAGCGCUCGUGCCGCGAUAAAGAGAGCGGUUUAUCGAAGCCUGCGACGAGAUUCCCAGGGACGAAAGUACGAGGACGCGUGGGCCGAAUUAUUGAAGUCCGAACUCGCGUGAGCGAUCCUGCGAGUUUUGAGACGAGAUGGGACGAGCCUCCUCGUGUUAGGAGCCGAGGACUCCGUCCCUCUUGAUUUUUUUACUAGCAUUGGACUGCAUCGGCGUUAUGUGUAUUGAUCGAUGACGAACGACAGUUAGGGAAUAUGAUGGUAGGAUGGCAGUUAGCAUGCGAAAUAGAUCUUCGGCAACUCAAUCCUAUUGAUUUGUGGCACUUAGUUUGGCCAUUCUUGCAAA